ACCAUGCCUCUGGCUAGAGACCUUUUACACCCUUCCUUGGAAGACAAAAAGAAAAAACAUAAGAAGAAACAGCUGGUUCAGAGCCCAAUUUCUUACUUCAUGGAUGUGAAAUGUCCAGGUUGCUACAAGAUUACUACAGUUUUCAGCCAUGCUCAGACAGUGGUUCUUUGUGUAGGUUGUUCACCAGUGUUGUGCCAGCCCACAGGAGGAAAAGCCAGGCUCACAGAAGGUUGUUCAUUUAGAAGAAAGCAACAGUAAUCAUCUAUACAA